CGGGUCAGCUGAGCGUUGGCGGAAGCGGCCGGCGCGGGCCAGGGGUACCGGUGACCGUUGGCGGGUGACUGUUGGCGGCCAUGGCCUCCAUCCUGGACGAGUACGAAGAUUCCCUCUACCGCUCCGCUUCCGUGCAGCAGAGCCGCGCCAGCGUGGGCAUCCCCCACUCCGGAUAUGUGAAUGCACGACUGGAGAAGGAAACACCAAUAUUUAACAAGCAAAGGAUUGACUUUGCUCCUCCAGAGAAAAUUAACAGCUUAGUGGUCUCAUCUAACCAGCUCUGUAUGAGCCUUGGCAAAGACACUCUUCUCAGGAUUGAUCUUGGGAAGCCAGAUGAACCUAAUCAGGUAGAGCUGGGACGCAAAGAUGAAGCCAAAGUCUACAAGAUGUUUUUGGACCACACAGGCUCUCAUCUCCUGAUUGCUCUGAACACCAGUGAAUGCCUUUACCUGAACAGAAGUGUUCAGAAAGUGCGAACACUCUCCCGCUGGAAAGGCCACUUGAUUGAAAGUGUGGGCUGGAACAAAUUUCUUGGUUCAGAGACCAACACUGGGCCUAUCCUGGUGGGGACAGCCCAGGGGCAGAUCUAUGAGGCCGAAAUCUCUGUCAGCGAGGGAAGUCUCUUCAGCACUAAUCCCGACCAGUACUUUCGACAGGUCUACACUCUGGAGGAGGAAUCGGGACCUGCCCCAGUCUGCUGCUUGGAGAUUGAACGAGGAAUAGAAGGGAAAUUUUUUAUUAUAGCCACCACUCGAAAGAGACUCUUCCAGUUUGUUGGCAAAGUGCCUGAAGGGACGGAACAGCAAGGCUUCAGCUCCAUAUUUGCUAUGCAUGCUGACCAUUUGCCCAGCUUCCGUGAGUUUCCAGCCAACCUUGGUUUCAGUGAGAUAGCCUUUUACACCCCAAAACUGCGUUCCAACCCACGCUCCUUUGCCUGGAUGAUGGGAAAUGGUGUUUUAUAUGGUACAUUGGAUUAUAGCCGUCCUGAUUCAAUUUUGAGUGAUGAACGGGUCUGGGUUUAUCCUUCUGAUAUUGAUAUAACUGUGAACAAGCCAAUAUCCAUUGUACUUACCCAGUUCCACUUCCUGUUGCUGCUGCCUGAUCGGGUGAAGGCUGUAUGCACUCUGAAUGGGCAGGUUGUUUUUCAAGAUCUGUUCCUGGAGAAGUUUGGCUUACUGACACGCAUGAUCAAAGAUCCCACAGUCCAGCAGAUAUGGAUUCACACUGAGAAAGUAGUGUUCCGCUACCACGUCCAGCGGGAAUCUAGAGAUGUGUGGAAGAUGUAUAUGAAUAUGAACAAAUUUGAUUUAGCCAAAGAGUAUUGUAAAGACCGUCCAGAGUGCCUAGAUAUUGUGCUGGCAAAAGAGGCAGAGCACUGCUUCCAAAACAAGAGGUAUCUAGACAGUGCCAAAUGUUAUGCGCUGACCCAGAACUACUUUGAGGAAAUUGCCCUUAAGUUCAUUGAAGCCAAGCAAGAAGAGGCCCUGAUGGAGUUUCUGAUUAAGAAGCUAAGUAACCUAAAGCCUUCUGAGAAGACACAGACCACUCUGCUGACCACGUGGUUAACGGAGCUGUACCUGAAUUGGCUGGGUAUAUUGGAAGGAGAUCCCUCACAGCGAAAUCUCUAUUUGGAUACACGGGAGAAGUUUCGCACUUUCCUGAGCAGUCCUAAAAACAAAGACUGUCUAUUUAAUAACCGGGCAUCUAUUUAUGAGCUGUUGGCAAGCCAUGGGGACACAGAGCACAUGGUCUACUUUGCAGUCAUCAUGCAGGACUACGAGCGCGUAGUAGCUCACCACUGCCAGCAUGAUGAGUACGAUGAAGCUCUAAAUGUGCUGUCCAGGCACAGAGAUGAGAAGCUGUUCUACAAGUUCUCUCCAGUCCUCAUCCAGCAUAUUCCCAAGAAGGUAGUUGAUGCGUGGAUUUCUAUGGGCUCUAGACUGGAUGCCAGGAACCUCAUUCCAGCGCUUGUUAACUACAGCCAGAGUGCCAGCACCCAGCAAAUCAAUGAAGCCAUUAGAUAUAUGGAGUUCUGUGUCUAUCAGUUGGAGGAAACCCAGCAAGCCAUUCACAACUACCUGUUGUCUCUUUAUGCUUUGUGUCGGCCAGACUCAUUGCUGUCAUACCUGGAGCAAGCAGGAACCAACCCAAACAGGAUCCACUAUGACCUGAAGUAUGCAUUGCGCCUGUGUGCAGAGCAUGGGCACCACCACGCAUGUGUCCAUAUUUACAAAGUGAUGGAAUUAUAUGAGGAGGCUGUGGAUCUAGCCUUACAGGUGGAUGUUGAUCUUGCCAAGUCCUGUGCAGAUCUCCCUGAAGAUGAUGAGGAACUCCGGAAGAAGCUCUGGUUGAAGAUUGCUCGCCAUGUUGUUCAGGAAGAGAAGGAUGUCAAGAAGGCAAUGGCCUGCCUCUCCAGCUGUGCCCUGCUGAAGAUUGAAGAUGUCCUGCCAUUCUUUCCAGACUUUGUCACUAUUGACCAUUUCAAGGAGGCAAUCUGUAACUCCCUAGAGGACUACAACAAACACAUUGAAGAGCUGAAAAGGGAGAUGGAGGAAGCCACACAGAGUGCCAAGAGAAUCCGAGAGGACAUUCAGGAAAUGAGAAAUAAGUAUGGCUCUGUGGAGCCUCAGGAAAAAUGUGCUGCUUGUGACUUUCCACUUCUAAACCGCCCUUUUUACCUUUUCCUGUGUGGUCACAUGUUUCACUAUGACUGUCUUCUCCAAGCAGUUUUCCCAAACCUUCCUGCCUAUAAGCAGGCAAAACUUGAAGAUCUUCAGAAGAAGCUGGCAGCUACCAGUCAGCCUUCCAAGAGCCACCAUCGUCCCAAGGACGCAGAUACCAUUAGCUUGGGGAAGGGGCAGCAGAGCCGGGAACAGAUCAAAGCUGACAUUGAUGAUAUUGUGGCAGCCGAAUGUGUGUACUGUGGUGAGCUGAUGAUCCGGUCCAUUGACAAACCUUUUAUUGAUCCCCAAAAGUAUGAAGAGGAGAUGCAAAGCUGGCUGUAGUUUUCCAAAUCUGCAGCUGUCAAUGGACCAGAGUGGUUUUGUUCACAACUUGUGAAGCUUCUGUGGUGGAGAUACAACCUCCGGAAGCAGGAACACAGUGGCUUCAGUGGAACUCUAAGGAAAGAGUAGUGGGGUCUUGUUAUCAGGAUUACAGUGAACUAGUCUUGAAAAAUGGGGAGAUAUAGCUAUGACUGUCUAAGAACUUGAACAAUAGUUAGAGAUAACACUGCAAUAUAUUUAGCAGAUGUUUGCUGCUUGCAGUUCUUCUGAGGUUCUCAGUGUGAAGCUAAUGGAGUGCCUUGUCCAGAAGGAAUUGGGAACAGCCUGUGAUUUGUCUUCCCUGUUGUGUGGUAUUUGUUUUGGUGAAGACAAGCUUAAAGGGAAAGGUAGUGAAGAACACUAAGUAGUGUAGUCUUCAUUCAUCACUUUCAAAGCUAGAAUUGCAUUCUGUUUCCUUUUUCCCGAGAGUCUAUAACCACGUACAUGGAAAGAACAUGAAAGGACAAAUGCUCUUGCAUAUAUAUUUUGUAAACAUCAUGCUACACAAAUACAUGUUUCUACACAAUGUAAUAUAAGAAUGUGUAUAAUUCUCAAGCAGGAGUGUCUCAUAAUACACUUAAGUCAUUUGCCUGCAAUUCAAGGUGUGUAAUUCUUUCCCACAAGCUUUAUGGACAAGCCCAUACAUUUCAAUUUUCUCUAGGUACUGUUUCUGGCAAUACUUCCUUGCCUGUUCACCCUUUCCUCCCUCUCUCCAUCCUAUUUCUGUUAUGACUGUCGUUGUACAGUGGAUCUUGGUUUUGUCUUCACACAAAACCAAAAUUGAUAUAUGCAGUAGUAAUGUUUCAACCGAUACUCUGCAAGCAGGAACACAGCCUAUUUCUGUUGUCCUGCUGUGGUCCUCUUCAAGCUACGCUUGAGCACUAGACGACAGAUCUAGUUGUAGGUUCCCUCAAGGGUAGACUACAGAAAAGUUCUGUUGGUAUAAAAUUUGCUUUGCCAUUUGAAGCCAGUACCUUGUGACCAGCCAGUCUUUUGUCUUCCUGACAGUAUUUGAUACUUUCUGGAGAUGGCUGCAGUUCAGUGCUUCUGUCUGUUGCUCUGACUUGGAAAAUUCUUCCCAGAAGGUGGCAAUCAUUACACUGUGGGUGAGGGAACAAAAAAUUUUCUUCAGUCAUUUAGCAAGGGUUCCGUGUUUUAUGUUUGAAGAAACUAAAAUUUUAAUGAAGCUCUGCUGUUUGGGGCUGAAUCACAAAGGUAGUAAUUGGCAGAAGAAUGCCAUGAUCUAAAUGAAAAAUGUUGAUUCAUUAAGGCAAUAGAAAAUAACUUUCUUCUGAAAAACCUCUUCAGUUCUUUCACAUGAAUGUAUGUGCUUGUCUCGAUUACAUCUCUGAAUCUGCUAGUCACCCGUUCGUAGGGUUGUAGAAAUGGGUCUUCACAUCACUGGAACAGAAUAUAAAUUGGUUUUCUCAAGGAGCUGACCUAAGAAUUUUGAUAACCAUUCAGAGCUCCAGAAGAACAUCCAUGCUUUUCUUGGGAGCUUCAGCCUGGAAGGAACGAAUUUCAUGUGUGUAAAAUUACAGGAGUAAUAAAAACUGGAGCUGGCAGUAGGAAAACCUCAGGUUUUGGAAUCCUCUUUUCAUUGUUGAAGCUGUGGGAUAGGCAGUCUCCUUACCACCUGGUAGUGUUUGCUGCUGGCUGGCUUAUCAGAAACCACUGUUUCAGUUGGUUCAUUAAGCAGUGGUUCAGAAACCCCACAUGCUGUAGUUUUCUUUGUCUCUGGAUGGCCUUUUCCUUUGAAAAAGUUGAUGGGUCUAGCAGAAGAAUUUGUGAUGAAAACUAAAUGUGACGUCUUUUGAAGUUCAACAUUAAGCCAGUUAUAACUGGCUGCUCCUGAAUCAUCAUCUUUUCAUGUAAGCAGUGUAAUAUUUAAGGUUGUAUAUGUCAUUAUAAAGCAACAGUAGCCCCCCACCCACACCAGUCUCCAGUCAAAAGCAAGUGGCUGUUUUUCUGCCCUUUAGCAGAAACAUGAGCAGUAGCUCAUUCUGAUGCAGGAAGUAAUUUCAAGUUAUUUAUUUUCUUUGAGAUGUUCUUAAUAUUUGUUCCAUCUGUUUAAUUUUGUGUUUUUACAGGAUGCUUUGCUGGUAUAUUAGAGUUAUUAUAGUGCUCCAUUCUUUUCCUAUUAGUGCUACAGAACAGUUGCAUUGCUGAAUGUUUCUGUUGUGCUCUGAAGAUUAGCAAUAUUCUUUGCUUGAAUACCAUUCCAGGGAGAUCUGCUUGUCCAUAAUAUUGGAAGAAGUGCAUGUCUGUGGGAGCUGAGGCAUAUCAAGUGAAUAAAAACCCUCAAGUCUUUGCCUGAGAUGAGGUGGUAGGGGAAGGCACCUCAAGAACCUAAUGAUUAUUCCAGUCUUAGGAAUUAAUAUGUCUCAGUUAACAAAAUUAGAACUAGGUAUUUUUUGAAUUACUAGUACGCAACUUUCUCAGAGCACUUUAGGCUUGUUCACUAGAUAAAUAUACCACAAAUCUCCUGCUUCCUCACCACUGUUACCUGAAAAAUCUUUAAAGUCAUUUGCUGUCAAGGCUGUGGAGUGUGUCAAUGCCUGCAAAGACUCCAGCAGUGGUUAAAUGACUAGUGCCAGACCACUUCCAGUAGUACAGGAAGCUACAUAAAGAUAUCUUUUGAACUCUCCUUACAUUGUCACAUGCUUCAGAAGUUUCAAUAACCACUCACCUGUGCUUCUUGGCAAUUUUGCAAUAUCACUCAAUGAAAAAGGUAAGAUGGUUUUUUGGGGGUGUGGAGGGAAAUGAACUGUUUACUGUUUUCCCAUAAAUCUAAUCUGCAAGGUCUCUUCCUCUUUACUUUCAGAAUAGCAUUUUUAUCUUUUCUCGUUAUAAUUUCAGCACAGUUACAUUUUAGAAAUCACAGUCCUUUGUAUGUUUGGUUUUUUUUUUUUAGCUGUGAAUGAAUUGUGUACCAGCUGUUACAAAUGAUGUGGCCUUGGGUCUUGUCCUUGUCUGUGUGAAUAAGCCCUACCAUUUACUUUAAUGCAGCUACAGAACAGUGUGACCAAAAGGGUUGGUGAGUGGGAGCCCCAGCCCUACGUAACCAAAACAAAUAUCUCCAGCUAGAUUUAUGCUAAAGAAAUUUAGUUGUGCAGGCAAGGCCUAAAGCAGACUUGUGCCUGCUACCUCACCUCUCCUAGGCUUCAAGGAAGUGACUGGGGAAAUGCUGAGUUGGGGGAGACAACGGUGAGUUUGUGUUACAGAAGAGUUUGUAGAGAAUUUCAGAUGUGCUUGCUUGCUGUUGGUCUGUGUAGUAGGAAGCAGCUAACUGAAACGUUGAGAGCUGUGUGUUUUGUCUUUCUAAAAAGAAAUGACUGGGCUGGAAAUUUAGGAAGGCAAGUUCUUAAUAAGCCACUAGAUGUCAGUGCUGUCCAUUUAAAUACUGAGGCUUGCUGCAGAGAAGCGAAAAGUAUUCUGUAGCAGAAGAACGGAAGGUACGUAACAGUAAGGAACUGAAGCAGGUGCCCAGUGCCUUUUGGUGGGGAGAGUGGAGGCAGACCUGUAAGGUAGUUAUUGGAGGCCAAGGUGCUAAAAAAACUAACUAAAAGGCAAUUUCAGUUAAUGAAUCACUCUCUGGUUUUGAAUAUCAAAAGCUGUUAACAAAUUACUAUCAGUCCUCUUUUGUGUAAUUGCAUUCUAGUGUAAGUUCCUACAGACCUAGUGUUUGCUAAACUGUAGAGGGAUUAUCCCUGAGCUUGGAGUUGCAAUAUCUGGUGGCCUUGGGUCUGGCCAUGUUUGGUUGCUGCUGCUUCAUCGUGUCCUAGCAGCAGGCAUGUGAGCCAGCUCCUUAGUUGCCUGAGUUCACAUCUAGUGUGUUUUCUUAAAAGCAUCCGUAAAGUUGGGUUUCUAAUAUGAUAUUGGACGCUUGACUUGCAGGAACAUAGUGUGUUUGGUUUUGCCUUUGAAUUGUGGGGUCAUAAUCCCAGUAAAGGGGCAAGUGGGAGUAGGAACAUCUUGUACUCCAUCAAAAUUAGAUGUUGUGGUUUGACUCAGACUGUAGUCGUGUAUUAGCAUGUAGUUCUUGGAAUAGGUAUUUACCAUUCACUACUGCCCUGUCACCGUCAGCGUAUAGACUGUCUAUGCUUAUGAGUGCAAAUACGUAGCUUCUUGUAGGAAUUCAUGGGAAGUUUGUUGUUUCUUGCAUCACUUCAUCCAACAACACUGUACUGAGCUGUGGGAAGACAGACUGAAAACAGGCCUCUUCCUUGCAACAAGUGUACUGAGCUGAAAUUUGAGAAAGACUUAUGGAAUUUUGGAUUUUUUAAUUAUUAUUAUUUUUAUUCAGACAGAUGAAGUAUCUUUUUCCAGAAUAGAUGGAGUAUUGUGUGGGUCACUGUGGUAUGUGUAAGUGUUUAUGAGAGAAUCUUACGGCAUCCUCAGAGCAGAGAGAGGCUGGCCAGGAUCUCGUAUCCUUUUUGUACAUGGAGGAAGGGAUGCCUUGGAAAGGAGAGGGAGUGGUGUGGUUUCUAUAAAAUAAUUUGGCCAAACUUUAUGUAUCUGACUUCAGACAGGCUUCCCCAGUGUAACUGCAAUAUUGAUGAAUCUGUACUUUUCACACUGAGGUGCUGAAGAAGAAAAAGCUCAUUUCCUUUGGAAUAGGAAUUUUGGUAAAAUUGAAGAGCUUAGGGCUUGAAAGUGGAACACUAUACGAGUGCCUUAAAUUUGCAGUGGGUUGUGUAUGGGUUCAGCUGCUAAAUUAUCUGCUGUCUCUGAUCAUGCCCAGUCCAGACUUUACACCUUCUGAGCCCUGUAGGAUUUGAGCUUCAUGCCCUUACUGUGAUUUUGGAGACUUGUGAUGCUUCCCCCUCAGCUCAGUGUUGGGGUUUUUUCACUCCCAGAUCUCACAGAAAGGCAUCAGGCUGCUUAUUUGCAGCUUUGAAGCAGUCUGGCCUCCAGCUGCUUUCAGGUGGUGGGAGGGGAAUAAGAUUAAACAAACUUGUUAGAUCUACCUGUUGAAACUGGUUGGGAUGGAGAGAAAAAGGGGUCAGGCAUUUCCUCUCUGUAAUGGCUAGAGGUAUUGAAGGCAGCUUGUUUUGAGUAAGACUGGUUGCUUAGGAACAAGGAAGCUACAGGAGCACUCUAAGCUUACAAAUACAGCUAUAACUAAUCCUACAGACUCACUUUGUCAUUGUGGGGCAGCUCAGCAGCGGGCAGUUUCCAACUUGCAGCAAGUCGGUAUUGGGUUCAGACUUUCUGCAGUGCUUCAUGGCUCCCAUGAUGGUGGUUGAUAGAGCUGUUUUAAUUCAGCACUUGAGCUGCAGAGCUUGGUCGGUGUGGGAAUAAGUACAGCUGAUUUGUAUAUACAACAUCAGGCUGUCUCACUGCACAGAGAUUUCCAUCAUAUGCUCCAAACACCACAUAAACACCCUUGUUUUAUAAGGGGUGUACAGGCUGUACCUGGUAUAUGUCAGGUGGUAAUUUUGGUUUUCCUUCAUGUGCGGGUAUUCAUAUAUUCCUUCUGUGCUGCUGUGUUGGCUGUAGGCUGGGUUGUCUUCAGAUAGGCCAUUUGAGAUAGCCUUUUGUUUGUUUAAUGUGUAGUUUGCUUGCUUCAUCUGUAACUGAGAUUACUACUGGUAGAGGUUUUUGCAAUUAAAGUGUUCAGGAGAAGCUGAACCAUAGCCUACCCCUCAUUUCGUGCUCCAUAUUGAAUGGUUCAUUGUAGGUGACGGCUUACAUAAAAAGGAUUGAACAACUGGUUUGGUAUCCAAAAGCAGAUAUUCUCCACUUUGUGCGAUUGAAAUCCAAGUGCUGGUCACUUGGCAUGGCACAUGAUCUUCGGAACACAGCCUGAACUUGGAAGCUGCUGGACUCCAUUUAAGCAGACAUCUGUGUUUUCCAAUUAAUCAGUUAUUCAACAGUCUCUUUUCAUCUCUGCGUGUACAUACUGAAUAGAUUUUCUAAUAAAUAAAUGAUUACUGUGGAACUGGGUUCAUAAGACAGUUGUUCCUAUCUAUAGGUUCCCUUUUAUUUUGCCAUGUUUAUUAAAAACAAGGUGCAUGGUGUGGUUUUGUCUGAGAGUAGAUCUGGCGUGUUUUGAUCUCUAAUGUUUCAGCUCUGUUCCUCUUUUCACAUGCAAGGGCGGGUAUAUUGGGCCAAUGCCUUUGGAUGAAUCAGGAAUGUCACAGACAAAGAGGAACAUGAAGGCUGCUGUAUUAGUUUAUUUAGGACUUUCCUCUACAGACUCUACAUGACAAUAAUUAACAGCUGCCCUGUCUGGUUUUGAUGGCUGUUGCGUGUUUUUCAUCAUGUGAACAAAAUACUCUCUAGUAAGAGCCUGUGAAGGUAUGGGUAGUCAAAAUUUGUUGCUCUUCAGCUAAUUAAAAUGGUUCUAGCAAAAUAGCCCUUGUCCAAUUUUUCUCAUAGUAGCUAUCAAGAUAACAUUAAC